AUGGCCGCCAUCCGAGCCCCGCGGGAGAGAAAAACUACUAGACGGCGUGUUAUGGGCCUUAGUGAUGAUAGUGUUAUACGUGUUAAAGAUGCUAAACGUAGUAUAACUGAGAGGAAGGCAAAGGAAGACAAAAAAGAUGAGAGACGGGCGGUAAAAGAAUUGGAGAAAAAGUACGGUGUUCCUACCACACCACGUAUUACGGAGGCUCAAAGAGAGGCAGAGGCAGAACCGUUAUACAGCGAGUCAGGAGAGGUUAUUGGUUUCAAUGAUAAAUUCUAA